AUGGCAGCACAUGCAUCCGCAGGCGCCCAGACCCAGAGUGUGCCGACGCCGCCGUCCUUCAGCCCUGGUAAAAGCAGCCCCUCGAGACGCUCUCGGAGCAGCCACACAAUACUUCAGAAAGAGAAGGACGGACGGAAGGAAGGCGGAGCCGAGAUCGAGGAUGCGGACAAGCCGAGUAACGAUAUCGCAUCGAUCCCUGGCACCGGCAACGGCGCUGGAAGUACUGUCGACGUAGCUUCUACCGGGACUUUAUCACGACCUCCCCUCCAACCGUCCGGCUCCUCGACCAUUGACCCAUUGUCGCAGCAUAUAUUGACCUUGAGGGCUCAUACCACUACCGACAUAUCCAUUCCGCAGCGCCUUACCCAAAUGGCCGAGGGCCUCGCCCGGCCCAGCUCCGAUCUAUCAGCGAAAAAUGCAGCCGCCGUGGGUGAGGCGGCCGGCCACAAGAGGAGCCGAAGCUCGUUCCUUAGCCGACUAAACAUUCGAGGUGGCCGAAAGAAGGACCCCAAAGACUUUGAUUCGGAUUCCGAGUUUGGUAACGAGGCUCGAUUGGGCGGCAUUGAUGCCCGUGUCUUCGGCCAGUCGCCAGCCAGCCCCCUGGUGGGUGGGGGGUUCGUUCCGCACCACAAAGAGCCACCGCGAUACAUACGAAUAAGAUCGAGCAAUAAAAAGACGCGCGAGUUCAACCGCAUGUUUCUUGCCCAAGAGUUGGUCGGGACACGUCCGCGGGGAGACGAUCACGAGAUUGCCGAGCGGACAGGCCAGAACCCCGAGGUAACGGUUAGCGUCGCUGGUACAAGCGACAGAAGGUUGACCAGGACAGGCGGUGCUAUCUGGGCCACAGAAUUCAGCAAGGACGGGAGAUACCUAGCUUCGGCAGGGCGAGACCACGUGGUCAGGGUGUGGGCUGUCCUAUCCACCCCCGAGGAGCGUCGGGCUUAUGAGGAAGACGAGGCUGCCCGUGGCGGCACUGGAGAGAGGCUUAGUGCGCCUGUCUUUAGGGACCAACCUAUCAAGGAGUUUCAAGGACACACUGGCGAGGUUCUCGACCUCAGUUGGAGCAAGAACAACUUCCUGCUAUCGUCGUCCAUGGAUAAGACGGUCAGACUCUGGCAUCUUAGCAGAGAUGAGUGUCUUUGCACAUUCAAGCAUAAAGACUUUGUGACUAGACUCGCCUUCCACCCCCGAGACGAUCGCUUCUUUCUGGCUGGCUCCCUGGACACCAUGCUACGGCUGUGGAGUAUCCCGGACAGGGCUGUCGCGUUCUCAGCCCAGCUCCCGGACCUUGUCACGGCUGUCGCCUUCUCUCCAGACGGAAAGGUUGCGAUAGCAGGCCUCCUCAACGGGCUCUGCAUGUUUUAUGAAACUGAAGGACUGAACCUGACCUCUCAGGUUCACGUACGGUCUUCUCGGGGGAGAAAUGCCAAGGGAAGCAAGAUCACCGGUAUACAAACAGUGGCUAUUCCGCCGCCAAGUCCGACCAAGCUGGCGUCGUCAAACUUGCCAAACUCUGGCUCAGUAUCCGAGGCCUCAGAUUCCCCAGACAGCGGAGAAGUCCGAGUCCUGGUUACAUCAAACGACAGCCGAAUACGCAUCUAUAAUCUGCGUGACAAGUCGUUGGAGGUGAAGUUCAAGGGACACGAGAAUUUGUGUAGCCAAAUCGCCGCAACAUUCUCUGACGACGGAAAGUACGUGAUCUGCGGGAGCGAGGACCGAAACACCUUUAUCUGGAACCUUACUGGCCACGCCGCCGUAGUUACAGAUAAGGACAAGUCACCCUGUGAAUAUUUCGAGGCGCAUGGUGAGAUUGUCACAACGGCGCUAUUUGCGCCAACAAAAACCAGGAUGCUUCUUGGACAGAGUGGUGAUCCUAUCUACGACCUUUGCAAUCCGCCACCCGUGUUGCUUCAGAGCCUCGAAGAAGCCGCGAGCGCUGCAGCGAGUCAAGUGGCGGUGACCAACGACACACAGAAGCCAGCGCCCGCUGAGCCAGUGAAGCGCCCGGAGCCCAGCGCGGCUUAUAUUGCGAGGUCAACCCAUUAUGAUGGGCACAUCAUUGUUACGACGGGUGACACUGGGAUUAUAAAGGUUUUCCGGCAGGAUUGUGCCUUUGCUAAGCGCAAGCAUGAUUCUUGGGAGACUGGCAGCACAUUCAGCCGCAAGCUUGGAGCUCACGGCUUCAUAAGCCACGGGCUGGGCCGAAGUGGCAGUGUUCUGACCCGAACCAGUGCCGGCAGUACGGUGCACAGCCGGAGGGGUUCGCUGAGCCAGUCCAUCGCACCGAUUACGAUUGGUUCUCUCCAGUUGAGUGCCACUGGAGGACACCCGGAACGCAUUCUAAGCUGGCGUCAAGGCAUUGAGAACGGCGGUGACAGGCGCGGCGGCGGAUUGCUCAACGGCGGGGGCACCCCAGCUCCCAGCGAGCGGUCCAUCAGCCCGGCCAAAGCCAGUAGAACAUCGCUGAACUCUGCCGCCAAUCCGGCGCGAGAGGCAAGGAAGAAGCCAUACUUUGGCCACUCGCCAGCUCGAGCUCGUGGAGAAAGCACGGUGACAAGUCCCACAAUGAGCACUUAUAGCAGCCCACCAGAGAAAUCCCCGGCGCGGUUGUUCAAGGACCGGCCAGCCAGCGAUAGGCGGAGCUCUCAAGAUGAUGGACCGUUGUGUCCCCCGACGCCGAGCUUCACUUUUCACGCCGCAGACGAUGGUGAGCGGCAGCAGUUGGACUCUGCGGGCGGGAGUUCGUCGUUCUGGAAUUUGAAUCGGUGGCGCGGAAUCACGGGGUUUAGGGCAAGCUCCUCUACUCAGGGUUUGAACGGUAGACGUAGGCGGGGAAGUGGCGGCCGCUUGUCUUUAUCUGCAUCUCGGCGUCAGACAAAUACCUCGGGCGACGAAGGGGAAGUCAGGGGGUCGACUGACGAUGCUCGACGACGAAGUCCGGGGCCUUCGGCAUCGCCUGGACAAGAAGGAAGCCCCGACUAUGAGGGAAGCUCCGCCCAGCCACCCAGUGGCGGUGGAGCGGGACAUGAUGGAGGGGGCCGUUCGUCCAUGCACGCGGUGCGUGUCAGCCACGAAGGGUCGCCAUUCCGGCAACUCCUGAACCGGCUGAGCUCGGACCUCACCGGCCAGGCUCGGGAAGAAGCGAUGCUGGCGGCACGGAGAUGA